UUUCCUACUGCGCCUCGCCUUCUAUAAAGUAAACUUUCAACCUAUCGCUUUAUUAACGGGAAGGCCUGUGUGCUGCGGUAGUUUGUUUGUCUGUGACACAUAAAUAAUCCCUACUAUAAUAUACCCAUCACCGCUAAUCUUCCGACACUUCAACUUAGAAAACUUGUAUAUUUUUUGCCUACAAAACUCAUUAGAAUUUAAAAAAAAAAACUAUAAUACUUAUUUAUAAAUGGGAACUAUCUGGUAACUGCCUGUUAUACUUUCGCGCCUAAAUCACAGAACCGAUUCUAACCAAAUUUAAACAGGGAUAGACAUACAUACGUACAUACAUAUUCAUAUACAUAAUCACGUCUAUCCCUUGCAGGGUAGACACAGCCUUGAAAAGACUGAUAGGCCAUGUUCAGCUGUUUGGCUUAAUGAAAGAAUUAAGAUUUUAAAUAGUGACAGGUUGCUAGCCCACUGCCUAAAAACCCUAAGUUUAUAAGCCUAUCCCUUAGUCGCCUCAUAGGGAUAGAUAACGUGGAAAAAUACCUUUACGUUAGAACAAAAUUUUAUUUAAUAAAAAUUAGAUUAAUAGAGGGGAUAAAAGAUGGUCAGUGAACUUUUACGGCGAACCAGGCCACGGACAACAGUGAAUACAAAAAUCGGGCGUCGACCUUUUCACUCCUAACUACCUAACGACCUAACCCAAACGGCUCAUUUUUUUUGUUGACUUGACAGUAAUUAUAUUAUAAGUCGUAAACUUAAAACUAUUUGAUUUACGCCACACGAAGAACCUCACGGCCUAGACAAAAAGGUCUGUAUAAUAGUGAUUAACAUGUUUAUUUAUUUAGUGAUCUGAGAUCACUGAUCUCAUAGUGCCUUCUCUUUGGUGACAGUUGGCAACAGGCAAUAGUGUAACGAUGGCGUCUAGGUAGGCAUCCGCGUUGGCAACACUGACAUGAACAGAAAAGAAAAUGGCGUCAAAGCAUUACAACAAUAAGUUGUUGAUUCCCUUUUCGUUAUUAUCAUGGUUUUUAUUAUUAAAAUGCGAAAUAAACGUGAAGUGCACAUAAAUAAAGUGAAAAUUUGUUUUGACUUUGAGUGAAUGUUAUAUAGUGUAGAAUUAUGUAAGAACAAAGACGAAUUUUGGUCUCUUCAUCAAUGAAUCUGGCACCCACUCGAUCGUAUGAUAAUGGGAGACUCGCAUUUGUUGUUGUUUGUAACAAUCUUCAUAAUAAUACGAUGUUCCGCAGCAGCCGAUAGUUAUGAGUGUCCACAAAAAUGUAUUUGUCUGGAUCUAUACGUAGAUUGUUCAAAAAAGAAUUUCAUUUCUGUGCCAAAAAUUCCUAAGUGGGUGGAUCAAUUAGAUCUUAGCCACAACAGACUAAAUGAAAAUGUAACGCAAAAUUUUGAUAAAUUAAACAUGAAAUUAUUAAACCUUGACAAAAAUUUGAUACACAGAAUUCCGAAUUUUUUGUUACAAGAACAAAUAGAAGAAAUAAGCUUGAACAGAAACAACAUUGAAUCAAUAGAGGGUGGUCAUUUCCCAGCCAACUGCUCUCUAAAAACUUUAAAUCUGAACAAUAACCAUGUCAAAGUGAUUGAAGAAGGUGCUUUGAACAAUUUAACUAAUCUUGUUACUUUGAAACUUAAUAGGAAUGAAAUAAGAUCUUUGCCUAAUCACCUAUUCAUGUUCCAGUCUAAUUUGAGAACCUUAGAACUCAAUCAUAACAAGUUACAUGUAAUCAAUGGUCUGUUAUUUCAAGGUUUGUCAUGUUUGACUACUUUGAAAUUAAAAUUUAAUAAUAUUGACAAUAUUAUGGAUGGUGCCUUUUUUGGAUUCAAGUCUGUAAAUUUAUUACAAUUGGACCAUAAUAAAAUAAAAAGUAUAUCAAAGGGAUGGAUGUAUGGACUAGAGUCCUUAGUUACAUUGUCAUUAUCAAACAACUUAAUUUCUUCAAUUGAUGUGGGCAGUUGGGAAUUAUGUGCCAAUUUAAAAUCACUGGACUUUUCUCAUAAUUAUUUAGUUGAGAUUGAUGGCCGUACAUUUCAACAUUUGAUUAAUUUAGAAACUCUGAACUUGAGUGAUAAUAACAUUUCUUCAAUUUCUCAAGAAGCUUUUAGUCAUAUGAUUCAAUUACAGACACUACUAGUAAGUAAUAACAAAAUAUCUUGGACUGUGGAAGAUAUGGCUGGACCCUUUUCAAAACUACAGAAUUUAGUGACAUUUAGUUUGGCCAAUAACCACAUAAAGUCUAUUAACUCAAGAGCCUUUGAAGGAUUGUCUAAUGUUGUGGAAUUAGACUUGAGAGGCAACAAUAUAACAUCAAUACAGCAGCAUGCAUUUCAGGGAAUGACAAAAUUGAGAAAGUUUCUAUUGGAUUCUUCAUCUUUGCUAUGUGAUUGUAAUAUCCUUUGGCUUGUAAAAUGGAUAAGAGAGAAAUUUGAUCAUAAAACUACUGCUUAUAUAACUGCCACCUGUGCCUACCCUGCUGAACACAGAGGAGUGUUUAUUUCAAAAUUAAAAGAAGACAACUGUGGGGAUUCUCCAAAACCAAAAGUUGUUGAACAUCCUAAGACCCAUCUUGCCAUUAAAGGUCGGUCGGCAAAUCUAGUGUGCUCUGCUACAUCUAAUCCAUUCACUAAUAUGACAUUUUUAUGGAAAAAGAAUAAUGGUAAUUUAAGUAACCCCACUGUUUAUGAAAAUGUAACAGUAGCUGCCAAUGGACAGCCACGGGCAACAUCCAUGUUAAUAAUACCCAACGUAACUCAUGGUGAUGCCGGAAAAUAUCAGUGCAUAGUUACUAAUAAUUUUGGUACAACAUAUUCAUCUAAAGCAAAAGUAAAUAUUGUUACAUUUCCUCGAUUUAUACAAACACCUACAAAUGUAACUGCAAAAACUGGAGACACAGUUACCCUUAAUUGUGCUGCAACCGGUGAUCCACCACCGGAAAUAUCAUGGAAGAAAGAUGGUGGCAAUGAUUUCCCAGCAGCUAGAGAAAGACGUAUGAAUGUUAUGCCUACUGAUCAUUUAUUUUUUAUAGUCAAUGCAAAAACUUCUGAUAUGGGCAUAUAUAGCUGCGCAGCCAAAAAUCCAGCUGGUACCAUCAUUGCAAAUGCAACUUUAUCUGUAUUGCAGGAACCAUCUUUUGUAAGAGUCAUGGAAAAUAAAGAAGUAACCAGAGGACAAUCUGUUGUUUUGCAAUGUAUGGUAGAUGGUUCUCCAAAACCUGUCUUGAAAUGGCUUAAAGAUGGGACUCCAAUAAUCAAGUCUGAACGCCAUUUUCUUACUGGUGAUGAUCAACUUUUAGUGAUUAUUGGGGCUGAAUCAAGUGAUGCUGGACAAUAUGAAUGUGAAAUAACCAAUGAAUUAGGGACAAAAAGAGAUACAACAGAAUUAAGAGUUUUACCUCCAGUAGCUAUUAUGGUUAAUGAAAAAGACAUGACUGGUAUUAUUAUAAUAGCAGUGGUUUGUUGCGCAGUUGGGACAUCCAUAAUAUGGGUGGUAAUAAUAUACCAUACUCGUAGACGUAUGGCACCGGCCGUACGUAGUUUUCCCACCGAAAAUUUGAAAAUGACUCAAGUAGUGCGUAGUGAUAGUGAUUCGCCUCAAAUGUUUCCAGACACUAUAUCAGAACAUUCCUCAUGCAAAGAUAGUGGAACAGGGGACUCGGCAAAACAAACGAGCUUUGAUGGUGUGCCUACAGACAGAAGUGAACAAGUGCAUUUUGAAACUGCUGUCUGUCGUAGUUACUCUCCAGUGCCAGAAGCACAUAAACUACUUCCUUCAUCUUUUAAACCAUCUAUACAAGUGUGUGUAAAUACAUCUGUAACACCAGCAACUUAUAGUUUUUCUAGUCACAGUGAUAAUGUUUAAGUUACUAAAAAGUUUCUGUUAAACUAAGUAUAAUUUAAUUCAUGUUGCAUUUUCACUUUUUGCAUAUGGUACUAUGCUACCUACUUAAAUAAUUUAAAAUGAACUAUUGUGUUUUUAUAAGUUACACAAUGAUAUAAAAGUUCUUUUUGACUUUUCUAAAGUUAUAUUCACUAUGUGAUAAGUGGAAAAAGCAACAAGUAGGCAUCUACAUUAUUCUUGUUUGCUUAGUACAAAAUAUUUCAAACUUGCCAGUAUUGGUUUGAUGUAAAAGACUGAAUGUCAUAUAAGUGUAUAAACUUUGUUUAUUUAAUAUUGAAUUAAUUUACUUUCUUAAUUAUUAUAGGUAAACGAGUAAUAAGUUUAAAAUUAAACAAUGAAGUAUUGCAGCUAAUUAAAGUAAGAAAAUUUAUUAAAAUCUGUAAAGUCACUGUGAACUUCUUGCAAUAUAAUUUAUAAACUAAAUUGUCUACCUUCUGAUAUUACAUUUUGUGUAAAAAGGCCAAAUCUAUAGUUGAACUGUUGCAAAAUAAUAAUAAUAAUUUAUUCCAGAAUAUAGUAAACAAAGCAAAUUGCAUCCUAUAUGACCUCAUGGACCAGACAAAGAGGCUUAAUUUUUUUAUUAUGAAAUGUUGUUUUGACUGUUGGUUCUGUCUAGUCCGUAAGGGAUAAAGACGAUAUCGUAUGUAUCAUAAUUGAAUCACGCUUCUUGUUCAGAGGGGUAGGUUGAAGAUAUGCUAGAGUACAUCUUUCCAUUUAGGACCCAUGCAUACUCAUUUCACUUCAUUCAUAAUCAUAAUUUCUUCCUUUUUAUCUGAUCUUUUGCCAGGACGUCCCCGAAUUGAUUAAUAUUAUAUUCGUCGUCAGCAUAUAGAAGACAUUCUCAAUUGUUUCAAAUUUAUCAAACUAUUCAUGAAUAGGUUGAACAGCCAAGGUGACUAAAAACAUCCUUGUCUAACACGUUAAUCAAUAUUAAACCACUUAGUGUACCUAUAAAUAGUUUUUUAUAUUGUAUGUAGAGAUACGAACAGGUUGCUUCCUGUCGUCUAAAAGAAGAAUCCGAAGUUAAUGAGCCUUUUCCUUAGUGAAUUUUGCGAGCUGCAUGAGAAGAGAAACUGCUGCCACAUCCUACUUUUUCUUGCUAUCAGACCAGCAUGAAUCUAAAAUAAUUGUCGCAGGGGUUAAAAUAGAUUAUAGUGAUCGGAAUGAAGGUGAUAUGUAGUUAAUACUUACGCUGAGAAUUAUGUAAAUAUGUAACCUAUAUUUUUUUUAAUGUCUUCAUUUUCUAACAUUAGGAUACACACGUGUCCAUUAACGUAUUUUCAAUGCUAUGUCUGGUCCAUGAGGUCCUAAACAGCGGCCAACCUGGAAAAUGUCUAAAUACGCCUGCGUUGACAAAACAAGAUAUAUUUCUAUCUACUUACUAUAAUAAUUACAAGUAAGAAACUAAUAAUUCAUGCCCCACAGCACGUAUUUAAACAUGUGUUACAAAUUAUUUUGUUAUUAUGUUAAAUUAAGUAAUGGUUGUAAAGGCUGAAUUUUUAGCCAUAGUUUUAUUAUAAUUUCGUUCCGUCGCUUUUAUUUUGAAAAAGACUGUACUUGGAGAAGUUUUAUUUAGAAAUGAAAAAUGUUGUCAAAUAUUGCUUAAUAAUGGGCAUAAAACUACGUUAACGCAGCUUCUACAUUUCAUAUUAAUUUAAUAGCGAAAAAAUGUUUUUAAAUAUUGGUAAUUCAUAGAUAAGUAAGAUAGUAUAACUAAAUAAGUAGGUACUUUGUGUUGGUUAAAAAAAUUAUUAUUUUGCUUCAUCCGGCAAAAAAUAUAAAAGUAUAAGGAAGAGAAAGUUAUACAUUUAUUACGCACAAAAAUGUAUUUAUUCAAAGAGAACAUUUUAUGUUAUGUACUGUUUAAUUGAUAAACGUGAACCUAAGUAGUAAGUUUUGAUUUGUUUCAACUAAAAGAAUGUGUCUUCUAGCUAAUGUUAAUAUGUUAAUAAUAUUAGCAUGUAAGUAACAGAAAAUGAUGAAACUGCUGUUUUUUAUUGUUUAUACAAAUGUAUAUACUUACAUAAGGGUAAUUAUUUAUACUUUAUAAAUAAAGUUGUAACAUAGAAAUGUAAUACUUUAUUUACCCCUAACUAUAUAAUUCAACACUAGUUUUUACGGUUUGUUCCCAUUCAGUCACACCCUGAUCUGUAACACUGUUACUCAAUGGGAAAAAAAUUCCCGUUGUGUAGCAGUGGUACCCAUUGCAACUAUCGUUUUCCAAAUAAGUAACACUGUUACACAAUGGCACUUUGUUUUCCCGAUCAGUAACACUUGCGAAGGUUAAAUAAAACAAGUGGAAGGAUUCAAAAUUUAUUUAUGAUAUAUAUGUGUAACAGAAGAAUGUAAUAUAAUAGGAAAAAAUAUAUAGAAUAUAAAUAGACAAUAAAAAAAACUAUUCAUACGUUUUGUUCGUCAGUUGUUCUAAAAUAGUAUCGAAAUAUUUCAAUAAUUAUUCGUUUGCUUUAAGUAAAUCAGAUUUGUUCACUGCUUCAAAGCAAAGUCUGUGUAUAUUAAAUAAACAACAUUAUAAGAAUAAUGAUCUAAAAACUACUUUCACGGUAUCAUCAGUCUUAUCAUCACCUAUUUUAAUAUACUAAAAUUAAACCUUCAAAACAAUCAACAAAAAAUAGACAACAAUAAAAAAAAAUAACAAUCAAUCAAAGAAAUUAGUUUGAAAAAAUAUAAGAGACAAAACUAAAACUUUAAAAACUACUUUAAAUUAUGUAAUAAUAAAAACUACUUUGUCCUUAUCACAUAUAUUUAAAUCGGAGUAAAAAGCGUGGGGUGCUUGAUGUAGUAAAUAUUAAAAUCAUUCUAUUAGCAUAUAUUUAUGACAAGAGAGUUAUGAAAAUGAAGUAAAAUGCACCCCAGGCUUUUUACUCCGAUUUAAAUUGUUUUGUUUAUAAAUUUAAUUUUGUUAUAAUUAUAUUUUAAUCGGAGGUAAUUGAACUGAUUGUUCGACUUGCUACUACUGUUUUAUAAUUCCUUUGUCAUUAAUUUUUAUUUUCUAUUUUUUAGUUCGAUUAGCAAUAAAAGCGUAGUUUUUUAGUUAACUAAGUACUUAUUCUUCUUUUCCCAUUGAGUAACAGUGUUACAGAUCAGGGUGUGACUGAAUGGUAACAAACCGUUUUUACCUGCGACUUGCCAGCAUGUUUUUUCGGUCAUCGCAUAUUUUACGGGAAAGGUACCUAAUGUUCCUCCCACUAUAUGUGUGGUAAUUUUCCUGAAGAUCUUAACCUGAAGUACAUACUUUUUUUAGCACGAUAUGAACAUGGCAGUUCUGUCUCCAUAUCGCAUUUCCGAUUACUUUCUCUGCUGAACUGAGUACUGGUUAUCGUCAUAGAAAUCUGAAUUAUAUACCUACCUAGUCCAAUUUGUGGUAUCUAAAACUACCUUCCUAUAAUAAUUUGUACAAAUGAAAAAAAAAUAUUGAUGAAAGUUAAACAGUUGAUGUCUUUUUCAACCUGGAAUCAUAGGGAGUUCGUCCCCGAAUUAUCCGUUAAAUAAGGUACGCAAUAAUUACUGUGCUGCUAUGAUCGAAGGCUACAACGAAAAAUGUUGCCAAUGACGCGUUUUGAAAAAUAAAAUUUCUUGUCACUAACGAUUUUUUUAAUAUACAUAUACGUAGAUAUAUAUCGCAUAUCAUGAUUAAAGUACGCCCGCCACUCUGCGCGUGUUCUUCCUCCUGGCUUUAGUCUCCGGUUACUUCCACACCUGCUUUUAGAGAGGUCCUCCCGGGUGCGCCUUUUAACCAUGAUAUUGGAUUGGGUGAGUCAGGUUUUUACACGACGCUUCUCCCAUCUCACUUCCGCAACCUUUGCAGGGAAACCUAAUCAUAUAUAGAUAUUAGACCGUGGUUACACAUCGAGUUUCCUAAAUGUGCAGGUUUCCUCACGAAGUUUUUCUUAGCAUCGAUUAACACAAACGUACUCAGCUUAGAAAAGGGACAUAAGUAGAUAAAUGGCCGGGGUAGGAUUUGAACCUGUGCCUCCAAGCGCAGACGCUCUGCCGAGUAAAGCGAAAUAUCCCGCUAAUAUCGCAUGGGAAUUAAGCUAUUGGUAUGAUAAAAUUCAAUUUGUGAUUGGUAUGAAAUUCUAUUA